CCGAUCCCCUCCCCUUGCGCUCUCCACCGGUCUGUUCACCGUUCACCGCUCGGCGAAUGAAUGGCAUCUUUCUCCAUAACACCACACGUGAACGGCGAGGGGGAGCGAGACAAUCGCGUGUCUGUGAUCGCCUCGGAUGAAGCAGGGGACUCAGUAUUCAAACAGCAUGAAAUAAUUUCAUUACAUCUGGAAAGACAGGAUGAAGUUACACAUCUUCGGUCUUUUGCUCGUAAUUGCAGUAGCCAAUGCAACGAUAGAGGCUCCUGAAGAGUUUGUCUCAUUAGCUGAGAUGGAAGACACGUUGUUGAGGAAUCUUUUCCGAGGCUAUCAGAAGUGGGUGAGACCCAUCCUGCAUGCCAAUGACACUAUUACUGUUCGCUUUGGACUGAAGAUAUCACAGCUGGUGGAUGUGGAUGAAAAGAAUCAGCUGAUGACUACUAAUGUCUGGUUGUGGCAGGAGUGGACAGACUAUAAGCUUCGGUGGAACCCAGAAGAUUAUGGUGGCAUCACAUCUAUCAGGGUUCCCUCAGAAACUAUCUGGCUACCAGACAUUGUCCUGUAUGAGAAUGCCGAUGGCCGCUUUGAAGGCUCUCUUAUGACCAAAGCCAUUGUAAGAUUUAAUGGUACCAUCAUUUGGACUCCUCCGGCCAGCUAUAAAUCCUCCUGUACCAUGGAUGUCACCUUUUUUCCGUUCGACAGACAAAACUGUUCCAUGAAGUUUGGCUCUUGGACAUAUGAUGGCACUAUGGUGGACCUGACACUGUUAGACCCCUAUGUAGACCGUAAAGAGUUCUUUGACAACGGCGAAUGGGAAAUACUCAACGCCACCGGACAGAGGGGCAGUCGGCGAGACGGCAUUUAUUCCUAUCCAUACGUUACAUAUUCAUUCAUAUUGAAACGUCUUCCUCUUUUCUACACGCUUUUUCUUAUUAUCCCAUGUCUUGGAUUGUCGUUCCUUACUGUGUUGGUCUUUUACCUCCCCUCUGAUGAAGGAGAAAAACUUUCCCUUUCCACCUCCGUACUUGUGUCUCUUACCGUGUUUCUCCUUGUUAUUGAAGAGAUCAUCCCAUCUUCUUCUAAAGUCAUCCCUUUGAUAGGAGAGUAUCUUCUUUUUAUCAUGAUCUUCGUCACUUUCUCCAUCAUCGUCACUGUCUUCGUCAUCAAUGUCCAUCACCGAUCCUCUGCCACCUACCACCCCAUGGCACCGUGGGUAAAGAGCCUUUUCCUCGAGAGGUUACCCAUACUGCUUUGCAUGAGGGGACACGCGGAUCACUAUCGAUAUCCAGACAUAGAGCUGCGAAGCCCAGAGCUGAAACGAGGGAUGAAAAAGGGGCAACAGAAGCCUGCUGGAGGAGGAAGAGGAGGGUUAAAAGAAGAUGAGAACCAAGCCUGGAUUGCUUUGUUGGAGAAAGCCACUCGUUCAGUCCACUACAUUUCCAGACACAUCAGAAAGGAACACUUUAUCAGAGAGGUGGUUCAGGACUGGAAGUUUGUGGCUCAGGUGUUGGAUCGGAUCUUCUUAUGGGUCUUUCUUACAGUCUCUGUGCUUGGGACCAUCCUCAUCUUCACUCCAGCUCUGCAGAUGUACAUGAGCACACCUUAAAACGAUUUCAACCCACUACAGCGUACUUACACAACUCCUCAAAUAUAUUACCUUCCCACAAAAUUAGAGUAAUCCUUCAAAAAGGACUCUUCUGACCCAGCCACAUUCAUAAUCCUUUCUAAAUUGAGCUUCUAUAUCUGCCUCCUAAAUCCUACUCAGUGCUCGAUACUUGGUGUAAAAAAAACUAAACUCAGUUCAGGAAUUUUCCACUCAGUUAAAACAUAAAUGAGUAGGAUUACGGUAGAUUCUUUUUUUUUUGAGCUGUGUAAUCUGUCUGGGGGGAUCAUGGUUUUAAAUUUCUUCAGUAAUAUUACUAAAAAGUUACACGUGUGUAACCACAUUGCUCAGGCCUUUAAACCUCCAAAUUCUGCACAACUCUAGGGGAAGUUAUUGUAUGAAGGUGUCAUUGUAUUGUAGUU